AUGGCUACUCCUAUUCCUAGUCAUACCUCGAGCAAGAUUCGGGCCACAUCCCAACCUGCUGGAGAAAGAAUACCAGCGAGACCAGGUUCAGGCAAUUCGAUUGAGACUGGCAGAGGGAGUCCAGGUGGAAUCUAUGGAGUCAUUGGAGGAAGCAGGACACCCAUGAAAGCUGGUGGUAAUGGUAACGGAACGCAUUUGGGAAAUGGGACUGCAACCAGAGCCAAUAGCUUUUCAGCGGCGGAGAUGAGACUACCAAAGAAUGCUUCACUCUCACGCACUUUGUCAAGUCACCAGGAAGAGCAUUUCGCUCGAUCUCGAUCCGCUUCUCCCUUUCCUACAUUCUCACCCGCAUCUUCACCCUCUGCGUCCUCUCCCGCCAUCAACGCGUCCGCUGCGAAGCCACAUGCUCCCGAGAGAUCAGCAUCCCCACCUCGACCGUUCUCGCGGUCCCGGUCUCAAUCGCUUGCCAUCGGAGUCGCGGGCAUGUCUGGGCUGGAUAACCGUGGUGGAGCCUUUGCGAGAGAGUACGACCCGUCACCUUGGAAAGCGGAACCAGUGGAAGAAAGCAACAUGUCUCCAUUUACCCGUGGCAUGCCAUAUUUGGGCGGAUUGCCUGGAGGCGCAGAGCUGUCAAAGUUUCGAGCAGCUCAUGGAGGCCCGACUCGCGGUUUCAGUUUGGGAGCUUGGGGCACUUCAGCACCCGAAUACCCUUCGGCGAACCCCAAGGCGGCCGGUGCGACUGGACAUGCUGCAUUAGCGGCGGGAACAAAUUCUCGUCAACAGGCUUAUUCGACCAUUAUUGGUGGCUUUGAAAGCGUCAAUCCACCCCAAGCUGGCGCGAAAUCAGGCACAUCCUCCCGUCGUCAUUCGGUGUCGAUCGUUGGAGGUCCACAGGGACGGAGAGAUAUCUUUGCCGAUCUAGGCAUGACCUCACCUACCCGAGGUCUCGGUCCUCUUGGAUUUAGCGAUGAAGAGCUGCUGCCGGAACGUUUGGGAAAUGCUCUCAGUCUUGAAAUUGACGAGCAUCGCAAGCGAGGCGUCGAAAUCGAAGUAGGGAAGGAAGGCGCAAGAGGACGAGAUAUCCCUCGACCUUCCCCAGCAACCGCUACGGCGCAUUUUGAUCCUCUUGGAGAGGAUUCGAGAAUCCGUAACUUCCCUCAAACUAUCGGUGGACUGGAUCAUUUCGCUUCCUCCCCUCGUGGGCGAUCCAGUGGAGUGGAGGAUAAGCAGGGAGAGCGGGCAGCUUCGAGAGACAGCAAGGAUUCGUCCAGUCGCUCACGAUACCAUCUCGAGACUCCAAGCAGUGUGCGUCCGAUUGGAACGGCACCUACUGGCAAUUUGAGAGGCAUCAAUAUAUCCUCGAGUCCUCCUCAGCGAGGAAGGGACAUAGAAGUCCGAAGAAACGAUAUACUCGGCCCGAUUGGAAGUCCUCCCGGACCGACUGGACCUCUCGAUCCCCGCAUGUACCAACAACACGUCUAUGGUGGCCGACAAAUGGGGGAUGUCAACGCGUAUUCCGGACCACUGCCUCCUUCAAUGGGACCUAAUUCACCGCUAAAUCAGACAUUCCCUCGUCCGAAUUCGUUCGGCUACGGUCAACGACCGCCUCUGCCACCGAUGGGUGCGGGAGGAUUCGGACCGGGGAUGGGACCUAUGAUGGCUCCGAACGGACCGCCUGGAACAUAUGGCAUGUCUCCACAACAGCCUUAUUCACCGAAUGCACCGACCAAUUACUCCUACUUUUCCGGCCCCCCUGCACCGAGCUCUCCCACGCAACCUCAUUCGCCAUCAUUCUCCCAACUGACGCUGUCGGAUCUGGGUAAAGGCACGCCCCUCAAUUCGCUGCCGCCGAACACACCCCUGUACAUUGUGGCUUUUAAAGCGGAUCGACGGGACGUGUAUUAUUGUCCGGACCCUACGCUUUUGAUAUCAAAUGGCGACAGGGUCAUUGUAGAAGCUGAUCGCGGCUCGGAUCUCGGAGCAGUCAUCUACGACCAAUUGACUCCGAUGGACGUUCGAGAAUGGCAAGAAAAGCAAGCCACUGCUGCUUUGCUUUCAGGCGCGAACCAACAUCAACCGCCGGGCAUGGCUGCAAUGGCAGGAGCAACCCAAGGGUCAAACGCACCUCGAGCGGGAGGAAGUGGCGAAUUGGCGGGUGCUGAUCUGGCCACUUUGCUGGCUGGCGUGGGGGCACAGGUCGAUCCGUCAGUCGGUCUAGGAGCACAAGGUCGAGGGCCGCUUGCCAAGGAAAUCAUGCCGAAGAGAAUUUUCACCAAGAGUGCUCAAGGCCCGGAAGAACAAGCUCGUAUGAUGGAAAAGAUGAAGGACGAGUAUGAAGCCAUGAUGAUAUGCAGGGAGAAGGUUGCCCAGCGCGGCCUGCCCAUGCAGAUCGUGGAUGCAGAAUACCAAUGGGAUCGUCGCAAGUUGACUUUCUACUUCAAAGCCGACAAGCGGAUCGAUUUCAGGGAUCUGACAAAGGAGAAUUUCAGAGUGUUCAAGUCCCGGAUCUGGAUGUCGAUGGUGCCCAAAGACGAUCCUCGCGGGCAGUAG